UUCAUCCUUCAGUCCAGGCGAAGCCCACCACGUUGACAUGCCGGAGAUCCGUCUCCGCCACGUCGUGUCCUGCAGCAGCCAGGAUUCGACCCACUGUGCAGAAAAUCUUCUCAAAGCAGACACUUACCGAAAAUGGCGGGCAGCCAAGGCAGGCGAGAAGACCAUCUCCGUGGUCCUGCAGUUGGAGAAGGAGGAGCAGAUACACAGUGUGGACAUUGGGAACGACGGCUCGGCCUUUGUGGAAGUGCUGGUGGGCAGUUCGGCUGGAGGGACCAGCGAGCAAGACUAUGAGGUCCUUCUGGUCACCUCAUCUUUCAUGUCUCCUUCUGAGAGCCGCAGUGGCACAAACCCCAACCGCGUUCGCAUUUUUGGGCCUGACAAGUUGGUCCGGGCAGCAGCAGAGAAGCGCUGGGACCGGGUGAAGAUUGUGUGCAGCCAGCCCUACAGCAAGGACUCCCCCUAUGGCCUGAGUUUUGUACGGCUUCACAGCCGCCCAGACAAAGAAGAAGCAGAGGCCCCAUCCCAGAAGGUGACAGUGACCAAGCUUGGCCAAUUCCGGGUAAAGGAGGAGGACGAGAGUGCAAACUCCCUGAGACCGGGGGCUCUCUUUUUCAACCGGAUCAACAAGAUGUCUCCAGCCACAGCCAGUGACCCGGCAGGACCCAGCUAUGCAGCAGCUACGCUCCAGGCCUCCAGUGCAGUCUCCUCAGCCUCGCCAGUGUCCAAGGCUGCAGGCAGCACCUCCAAGCCUCAAGAGUCUCCGAAGGGAAAGAGGAAGUUGGAUUUGAAUGUGGAAGAAAAGAAGACCCCCAGCAAACCAUCAACCCAGCUCUCACCACCUGCCCUCAAGAAACCCAAAGUGCCAGCCCCAAACCGUGCCCCAGCUGCAGCCCCAGUAUCCACCCCAGCACAGGGCACAAUGUCAGCGAAGCCCCAGGGAGAAGGCGCCAAGCCCAAGGGCACCCGAGCUGGUGCGCAGGAACUGGGGAAGAUCCUUCAGGGUGUGGUGGUGGUGUUGAGUGGCUUCCAGAACCCAUUCCGCUCCGAGCUCCGAGACAAGGCCCUGGAGCUGGGGGCCAAGUAUCGGCCAGACUGGACCUCGGACAGCACCCACCUCAUCUGUGCCUUCGCCAACACCCCCAAGUACAGCCAGGUCCUGGGCCUCGGAGGCCGCAUUGUGCGCAAAGAGUGGGUGCUAGACUGUCACCGCGUGCGGCGACGGCUGCCUUCCCGGAGGUACCUCAUGGCAGGGCCUGGCUCAAGUAGUGAGGAUGAAGGGGGCUCUGACAGCGGCGGCAGUUCAGAUGAAGUCCCCAAGCCUCCUCAAAAGCAUCCCCAGACCAAGGCUAAGCCCCCCCAGGCAGCGGGACCCAGUUCACCCCAAAAGCCCCCAACCCCUGAAUUGACCAAAGCAGCCUCUCCAGGACCCCAGGAAGAUACAGACAUCGAGGACGAGCCAUCAGGACCGGAUAAUGGGGCAGAAGAGUCCGGGGACACUGAGGACGAGCUGAGGAGGGUGGCGGAGCGGAGAGAGCAGAGGCAGCCCCCUGGCACAGGGGAAAACGGUGAGGACCCGUAUGCGGGCUCCACGGAUGAGAACACAGACAAUGAGGAUCACCCGGAGUCUCCCGACCUGCCCAUUCCAGAGCUCCCAGACUUCUUCCAGGGUAAACACUUCUUCCUGUACGGGGAAUUCCCUGGAGACGAGCGUCGGAAGCUCAUCCGAUAUGUCACAGCCUUCAAUGGGGAACUCGAGGACUACAUGAGUGACCGAGUCCAAUUUGUGAUCACAGCACAGGAGUGGGAUCCCAGCUUCGAGGAGGCCCUGGUGGACAACCCCUCCCUGGCGUUCGUCCGGCCCCGAUGGAUCUACAGUUGCAACGAGAAGCAGAGAUUACUUCCUCACCAGCUGUACGGGGUGGUGCCCCAGGCCUGAGUGUGCUCCUUGCAUGCACACAUGUGCACACACUCACACGCAUACACACACGUUUAAUAAAGGUGACUUGGUUUGGAGACCAUCUCACUUGGCGUCUCCAUAAACUGCGAGAGGCUCCCAGCUUGGGAAUCAUCUUGGUCUACUUUCCCUCCGAGGGCC